AAAUAGCGGGUACACCAAUGUACACAUCAAUCUAGAGUAUUUUAUGGAUUUUUAUACUGUGUAUAUUUUAAAUAUGUUCAUAUCUAUACAGACAAAAUGACAGAAAAGUUAAUUCUUGGAGAUCUCAAUGCCGGGAAAUUUGAGAACAUCGACCGCUUUAUAUUGGAAUAUCUCUCGCCUGCAGAGAAGACUUCAAACUGUUCCACCGAGCAGCUUUCACGCCUCACUCUUACAACUGUGCAAGUUUUACAGGCUUCUGUGGUUCACAUUUCUUCCAGUGGUCCGCACAGAUCAACGUUACUCACUGCCAUCCAUCUAUGUUACACUUUUUAUGUCAAGCAUCACAAUAUAUUAAAGUUACCAGAGCCUUUGACAGUGCCAAAAGUACUAUAUCACAUUGUAGCUAAGUUAUCGGACAUAAAGGAUUGUGGGCCAGAGGUCUUCAAGACCUGUCAAUAUCUGUACAAUGAGUUGCUUCCCUUACCUGAUCACUCAACAGGUGCCACAGCGUCCAUUAUCACUAACAUUUACAGCAAGCUUUGGAAUGUUGCUAUCAAGCUAGAACAGGAUAAAGCAACACAGCAACCCGAUGUUGUGUUUCAGCUGAGAUACAUGGCCAUCAAGAUGCUGUUGCUCCGGCAAACGGCAGUGGGACAAACAGUGGACAAGUUUCUGCUGGCAGUAGAUCGAUAUGAUAAAUCAACAAUACAGAAAAACUCAAAGACGGUCUUGACAAGUGACCACCUGUCUGUGUCCUUGGUGAUGGAAAUUGCUCAGCAGGUUAAGGCUCUGGGGUCAGACCACUGUGAGCUGUCGGAGAGGGAUGUGUGUAGUUCCUUGUCUCUGUUCCAGUACCUACACCAACUCAUUGUCAACUAUCAACUUCAUUCUAUCCUGGCGGCAGUGCACCAAAUCAGAGAAAGCUUUCUAUCCACAUUUGAAAGUGUCAGUUUUAGGCAUGCAAUGAAGAAUCUCUAUGACUGUUUUCAUCUGACAAUGAUGUGUAGCACAAAGUCCAAAAAUUCAAAGACAAAUUGCAGUGAUAUCCAGAGUCUUUCAGGAAAUAUUGUAGCAGUGUUGGAGGACAGUGUGUGCAGUUUGAACACAGGCUGGUAUUUGUUGAUAUGUGAAUGUCUCCUAGUGAUACUUAAACAACAGACGAUGAUUCCACCAGAGAAGGUAACUUUGUGGGAGGAGGUAUUGGACUACACGCAGAAGGUUACUCAAUUUCUGAUCACAAGCCGAGACAAAAAUAAGUUGCAGUACGAAGAAGACUCAAAGGAUAAAAAUGAAAAGCUGGCAGUAAUGAUCAGUACCAAACUUAUUAUUAUCCUCAGGAUGGAACUUGAGCUUGGUGUCUCAUUGGUGAACAUCAUCAAAGCCCCAGACAAAGUGACUCAUAUCUUGGAGACCAUACAACCCCAGGCCAAGGCUUACACCCAGCAGAUUGAACAGACAGGACACGCCCCUCCACCGGCCGACUUUAUUUUGAGGGAGAGGAGGCAGUGUGGCUACCUGAUGUCCAAGUUUGCCAAAGUGUCAUGUAGUCUAGGUCACCAGGAGCUUGACCUGUUCUACUACAGCGUGGAAUGUGAUCAGCUGACCAAGUGGGCGGAGUCCGAUCAGGACCUCAAAGAAGAGCGCAUCAAAGAGGUAAACCUGCUGGGUAUCUAUGAGAUGUUGGCAGAUUUGCAGUGGAAGCUUGGUGAUAUCGAUGCUGUGCUGUGUACACUGGCAAGGGGUGUACAGUUACAACCCUCAUAUGUAUCCGCCGCCCUGGAGGUGUGGUGUCGAAUCAAGAGGGAGCAACUCCGCACGGGAAAUUUAGAGAUAACUGAUAGGUAUUUUGCAGAAAAUCUUAAAAAUGUCUAUGACAGCCUGAUGAUGGAGCUUAAAUAUUUCACAGCUUUAAGAAAAAGGUAUCCAAAGGCAGAGUUGUCUCUCUUGAAAAGACUACAAGAAGUGGCAACACUCCCUGUACAGAAGGCCACAAGUCUGCUGGAGAUGGCCAAACUUUACUGGGGACACUUCACUGAAAAUCAAGACAGUUGUGUGGAGGAGUGUUUAGGGGAGGCUGAGCGGGCUUUGAGGGGGUCAUCUGGUGGGGAGGAGAUGCUGGUCCUGGCCGAUGUACACCUGUGGAUCUACAUUGUACAGCAUGAACGGUUCUGUAAAAAGCUGAUAUCUAGCUCCCAGGUGUUGAGUAAAGGUGAGGAGAGCAAUCCUGACUCUGGAGAGGAGCCCCAGCCCAGCGGGGCCCUGGUGUUUGAGGAGAUGUGUACCUUCUCCAUGGAGAUGGAGAUCAUUAGACGUCUGGACCAGGCUCUGGAAUUGUGGGAAAAUGUCCCCAACAGGGAACACACGGAGAGCAGUCUUCGAUCCGUCAUGCUGUGUUCUUCCAUUCUACGACUCGCUGGAAAGGUUGACCGGGAGCAGAGGGCAUUGUUCCUAGCUCUGGAUGUGUGCAGUCAGUUAGGAGAUGAGGCUAUAAAUAACAUCAUCAAGUGUCGCCUCUCUCACAUCUACGGGACCCAUGGGAUGCACCAUCAGGCCAGACAACUCCUCCCUGCCAUUCCUGACCAACAGACGGGGCUUGACGACGGCUACCUACAGACAGUCAUGUCCAGUGUCAUGCAUUACCUACACACAAAACAGGUAGAGAAAGGCCUUCAGCUCCUGACCCAGGUUAACGAGACGAUAGGUCAGCAGCCCAGUCAGAGUAAGACGGUGUGUCUGGCCAACGGAACGGUCAAGCGGUGCUGGUCCCUGUUCCUGUCCCUGCCGAUGGAGCGUGACCCAGAAGGAGGUCAGAGGUCAGAAGACUACAGCCUGGACCAUGCCAUUGAGGCGUACAGGAACCAUGUCAGUGUGGUGUACUUCCUGUUGGGGAAGGAACACUGGGCUGUUGACAACAAAGGAUUAAACACCACAGAGAAGUAUGACAUUAUCCAGGAGUACCUGCUGUCCCUCUAUCACCUGGGACAACUCGAGCGACUGGUCGGUGACACUCGGUCUGCCAAGUUCCACAUCAAGGAGGGUUGGACCACUGCUCACUUCAUGGGGCUGCCAAAGUGGGCUUCCAUGUUUAUGAAUGAAUUCUCCAUCAUCCACAUCCUGUCUGAGAACUCGACAGCAGCCAUUUCUAGUCUCACCAAAACAUGUCAGGUCUUCAACGGCAGUCAGGAUACUGCUGGAGAGAAUGCAACCAACAGGAGCUCCAAGUCCAGAAAAAGCAAAACUGCAGGAAGCUUUGGGUUUGAUGACGAUGUAGAGAAGGAGGAAGACAGCGUGGAGAGCUCCCAGAGUCCUUAUCCGCCCUGUUGGCAGCACCUCACUGACAACUCGACCUGUGACGUUUGUCAGGACAACACUGUCAAACUGGCUGUUCUGUCUUAUGCCCUAGUUACAGCAAAAUUUGAAAUCUACAUCCAGCAAAAUCUUACAUUUGAAAAACUAGAUAGGAUAAAUUGUAUUUGUGAGAGAUUUAUUCUUCAGGAACCUAGCACCAGUAAACUUGGCAGGGACUUGCCUUUCUGUUGUUUCCAGGACAACAGCGAGCUGAAGGACGUAUAUGUUGAGUGCUUGUCUUUAAUAGCAGAGACUAGUUUACUUCUGGGGAAAACAGAAAAAUGUGCUAUUGUGAUAGAAACAGCACAGAAGUUCUUCCAGUCCAAAUAUGUCAGUGACUUGGUGGCUAAUUUAAUUCAAAAUAAAUUCACUGUCUUCAAGGCUCAAAUGUGUCUCAUGAGAAGUCUGUCAAGUAAAAGAUUCACUGAGGAAGAAAUGGAUGACUUAGAUGAGGUGACCUCAUUGGAAACUUCCAUAAAACCAGAGAACAUUCUUCCUGAGAUUUCAAGUAAAAUGAAGGACUGUAAUGAUCAGCCAAUCACAAUGGAGGAUUGUCAUGAGCUUGUGGAGGACCUCAGCAAGCUGGAUAUCAAUGAGAUGAUAGACCAGAGUGUGAACCAGUCAAAAACAGGGACCAGAACAAACAGACGAAAGGGAACAACUCAAAAGAGGCCAGCUACAGGGGAUAUCUCAGGGGAUGUCUCAGAAGUAUCUUCUAGGAGUAGUACUGCUGGUACAGAGGCACCAGAGGAAUCACUGGAGACAUCAGAGAAAAGUAAGAGGCCUGCUGGGAGAGGAAGAAAAGAGAACACACGGGUUAAGUCUGCCAAAUCCACAUCCUCAAAAUUGGUCAAUUCGAUUCAGGCUAACUCCAUUACCUCAUUUUCUGCAAAAACAGCCAAAAAAGAAAAAUCCAGUGUAUGCAGGGAAGGUAGAUGUAAUGAUGGAAGUUUAACAGAAGAACUAACUCAAACCCCAGUGACAGAAAAACCAGAAUUUGUUCUGAAAACUCCCUACAGUGUGAGCAGUAAAAAGGCGUUGAUGUUUAGUUCUGACUCCAGUGAUGAUGAGGUCUGCUCGAAGCUUCCAGUGAGUAUCAGCCGCUUGUCAUCAGUAACUCCUGGUCAUCAGGAGAGCUCCUCAGCUAACUCUACACCGUCCACAGGAAAAGCUAGCUCUGUAUCCCGUAUACCAAAGUAUGUGAACAAAGCCAAAUUUUCUGGCACUCAUACGGAAAGUAAGAAAGCCGUGAAACAGGACAGUGGCACUCAGGAAAACAAGGAAAAUCAGACGACAAAGAAAAGUGUUACAAGAAGGGGGAAGGCUGCGGUUAAUCAGGAACCAGCCAAAGCCUCUAGUGGUGAACCAGUGAAGAGCAGGGGAAGGCAGAAGGUCACAGAAAAACCAAAUGCCUCCUCUGUCAAUCAAAAAAGUGCUAAAACAAAAGAUAAAACAUGUGUUUAUGAUUUUGAUGAGAAAGACUUGCAAAGUAAGGAGGAGACAAAGGGAGUUAGGAAGCCGACUACCAGAAGUAAGGAGGAGACAAAGGGAGUUAGGAAGCCAACUACCAGAAGAAAUAACAGCAAGAGGCAGCCUGCUGAGAAGGCAAGAAGUGCAUGCAAGGGCGGAAGGGAUGCUGUCAGCAUGGUGGAUGUAGAAUAUGUCAUCAUCAAGGAGGAGGAGACCAGUUUACUGGAGGAGAACCAGUACAAUGCCCUCAGUAUUCAGAUUUCUAAUCCCAAACUAGAGGACGAUGACUGGUAUGAGAGAGAGAAUUUACUGGUCCAGGAAGUUGAGGACCUUAACGAUUCUAUUGAGAUUCUGCGUGGUGGCAAUGACAAGAAGUCAGGAAGAGGACGUCCUGGCCGGAAGGUUACUAAAUUGUCCAAUCAGGUUAAAGGAGAGGAGUGUACAGGACCCGCAGGUGGAACAGACACCACCGAAAUUCCAAGAUCCACCACUCAGGCUAACAUGCAGAUUACGAUGGACAGAAUGAGAAGGGCAGCCCCUCCACGUAGACUCAAUAAAGAUUCACUAAGAGCUGAUUCCCAAAAGGAAGAAGAUUUGACUUCUAUGUUGGAGGUGGCGUUUGAACAAGCACGCCAUCUGCCUACCACCGGGCUGUACAGCUCCAUCUGUAACCUACUGGCCCUCCAGUACCUGGAGUUAUGUCCCCUGAAGGCUGCCUACUACCUGACGGAGGGAAUGGUGGUCACAUUCAGGCACCAGUCUCUGGUCAACUGUAGUAGGAAAAUCAGGAAGUCCAAGAAGGAAAUGAGCUGUCAAUCAGAGAGAGAGGAACAAGUGGGGGCCCAAGAAGGGGAAAUUAAAAACACAAUAUAUAAGAAUCUGAUGUUUAACAAAACUCCUCAAGAUCUACAAAAUAUCAUAAAGCACCUGCCAGAAGAUUGGACAGUGUGCCAAGUUUCCAUGGUAACAAAUCCACAAGUUCCUGACCAGAUGAUCCUGAGCAGUAUGAGACGGGACCAGGAGCCAGUAAUCGUAAGACUGCCAGCCUUCCAAACAGUCCACGGAAGAAAAAUUUUGUCUGAGUUUUCAGACAUCAUGGAAGAAAGUCACAACAGCAUCAAGAUCACAGACAAGACAGAGUGGUGGCAGAGUCGCUGGAAGUUAGACGACAGGCUCAGGGAUGUCCUUGAACACAUGGAUAAAUAUUGGCUGGGUCACUGGCGAUGUCUGAUCCAUGGAACUGUUCAGAGGGAUGAGUCAGCAACCUCCUUGAAUGAUUUCAGUGAAAGGGUGUGUCAAGAGAUGUACCGGGAUACCAGAACUAGGCUACCUCUACAUGUAGUGCAGCGUUUGGUGGAGUGUGCUGACACGUUGAGUGAUGAAGAUAUUAGAAGUGCCAUCUGUGAAUUGACAGGAAACACACUCAGUAGGUCAGGGGCAGACAACUGUGUAUCAACAUUCAGGAGGAUGACCAAAGACCUGACACUGACCAGUCCCAAGGGCCAUGUGCUGCUUAUUCUGGACAAGGCAGUACAACAUCUGCCCUGGGAGUGUGUGCCAUCCCUGACUCAAUCCAGCAUCUCUCGCAUGCCGUCCCUGUACCACCUCCAUGCUCAACUUUCCUACCUCACGAAACAGAAGAGCUCCAUUCUACACACGGGUAUAGACAAACAGAGGGUGUUCUACAUCCUGAAUCCGGACAGUAACCUGGCCUCCACCCAGGAAACCUUCCAGGACUGGUUCUCAAGAGAGAAGAGCUGGGAGGGGAUCAUCAACCGUAAACCGACCAAGUCCGAGUACACCAGCGCUCUGCAGAACAAGGACCUGUUCCUAUACUGUGGACAUGGUACCGGCGGUGCAUACCUGGGUGGUAGUGACCUUGCCAGUCUGGACUGCCGUGCGGCAACCAUCCUUAUGGGGUGCAGCAGUGGGAAGCUGGAAGCCACUGGUCAUCUAGAGGCCACAGGAUUCAUGCUCAAUUACUUCAUGGCAGGAUGUCCAUGCAUGGUGGCCAAUCUAUGGGAUGUGACAGACAAGGACAUUGACCGCUUCCUGGCAUGCCUGCUGUCGUCAUGGUUAUCAGAUGACACCACCACAGAACCACGAAAGCUUCUGGAUGUGGUCCCCAAGGCUCGCGCUGCCUGCCGCCUACCACACCUGAUAGGGGCGGCUCCCGUGGUGUACGGAUUUCCAGUGUUCCUCAAGCCGUCCUGAUUGGACAGAUCAGACCAAUCAUCCGUAGCUACCGUCUGUUGUGUGGAGGACUGGAUUAAUCAGACCAAUCAUCCGUAGCUACUGUCUGUUGUGUGGAGGACUGGAUUAAUCAGACCAAUCAUCCGUAGCUACUGUCUGUUGUGUGGAGGACUGGAUUAAUCAGACCAAUCAUCCGUAGCUACUGUCUGUUGUGUGGAGGACUGGAUUAAUCAGACCAAUCAUCCGUAGCUACUGUCUGUUGUGUGGAGGACUGGAUUAAUCAGACCAAUCAUCCGUAGCUACUGUCUGUUGUGUGGAGGACUGGAUUAAUCAAACCUAUCAUCCGUAGCUACUGUCUGUUGUGUGGAGGACUGGAUUAAUCAGACCAAUCAUCCGUAGCUACUGUCUGUUGUGUGGAUUCUGUUCUUAAGAAUCAAGCCAAGUUGUGUCCACCAACCAUUGGACAGAGUCCUCUUGGGUUAUUAUAGAAACAAUUUAUUGCUGGUGUUACCAAAAAAUGCAAGCAAAUUGUGUGUGAAAGUGACAGUUAGUAAGCUAGCAAAAUAGCAGGAAUAUGAUUUUAUUAAAAUUUUUAUUCUUACAUUGUUUUAAGGAAUGUGUAUUAUUUAUUUCAUACAAAAUUUUAUUUUAUUACUGUGCGUCAU